AUGUUUCUGGCAAAGGCUCUGUUGGAAGGCGCGGAGAGAGGGGGUCUCGGAGAAGCACUGGGAGGACUCCUUGGCGGAGGAGGACACAGGGGAGGGGGAAACCUCGGCGGGAUCGUCGGAGGCAUCGUGAACCUUAUCAGCGAGGCAGCCGCGGCUCAGUAUACUCCCGAACCUCCGCCCCCGCAGCACAGCCACCUGGCGAACGCGGAUGCCAACGAGAGCGAAGAGGUUCGGCAGUUCCGGCACCUCUUUGCCCAGCUGGCCGGAGAUGGCAUGGAGGUGGGGGCCACCGACCUGAUGAACAUUCUGAACAAGGUUCUCUCCAAGCAUAAAGACCUGAAGACCGACGGCUUUAGCCUCGACACGUGCCGGAGCAUAGUGUCCGUCAUGGACAGUGACACCACCGGCAAGCUGGGCUUUGAAGAAUUCAAGUAUCUGUGGAACAACAUCAAAAAGUGGCAGUGCGUGUACAAGCAAUAUGACGUUGACCACGUGGGGACCCUGGGAAGGACCCAGCUACCCGGGGCGCUGCAGGCCGCUGGCUUCCAGCUGAACGAGCAGCUCUAUCUGAUGAUCAUCCGCAGGUAUUCCGACGAAGAUGGGAGCAUGGAUUUCAACAACUUCAUCAGCUGCCUCGUGCGCCUGGAUGCCAUGUUCCGUGCCUUCAAGGCUCUGGACCAAGAUGCCAAUGGACAGGUUCGGGUGAACAUUCAGGAGUGGCUGCAGCUGACCAUGUACUCCUAAGGAACGGGGCCGAGGAGAAAUCGGAAACCCCGCGGUUCCCCGGGAAAGACGGGGACCGCUUUGGCCUCCAGGCCG